UGUCAGAAUGAAUGGCCUGUGCGCAUGUGCGAAGGUGUCCAAACUGACAAUGCUUGUGAGAUGAAGAUAGUGUUGUUGCUGCUUCUGGGCUCACGGAGGACGAGAGGAAUCUACAAGUCGACAAGAUGAGAUCCAAGGCUAGGGCGAGAAAACUGGCCAAAAAUGACAGUGAGCCAGUGGACAGCAUGCACGAGACAGAGGCCCACCUCCUGGCGGGAGGGGGUGAGAGUGGGGAGGAGGAGACCGAGGACAGCAUCAUGUCCCCCAUCCCCGUAGGAACCCUGUCCCCGCACCCCAACAACCACCACCACCUUCCCCACCACCAUCACAGCCACCAUCAUCACCACGAGGACCCGUUCACGCCCAAGGAAGGCUCGCCCUACGAGGUGCCCGUCUACAUUCCCGACGACAUUCCCGUCCCCAGCGACCUGGAGCUGCGUGAGUCCUCGGUGCCCGGAGUGGGCCUGGGGAUAUGGGCCAAAACCCGAAUUGGGUCGGGAGAGCACUUCGGACCUCACAGCACACUGCAGAGCGCCACGGUCAAAGACAGCUCCUUCGGAUGGGAGCAGAUGCUGAAUGACCACGAGGUGAUGUCCUCUCCGGAGAGCUGCAUCAAAAAGGUGGUUGAUGAGAUGGGCAGCGUCAAGUUCUGCCUGGACGAAGGCUCGGAGGCCGGUGGGAGCUGGCUCAAGUAUGUACGCACCGCACCUUCCUUCGAGGAGCAAAACCUGGCGGCGUGUCACCUCAGCGGAGACCAGAUUGAUUAUAAAGCUAUUAGGGAUAUUGAAGUGGGAGAGGAGCUAUUGGUGUAUAUGAAGGAAGGAAUUUUCCCAGAAGGAUCGAUGGCACCAAACCUAGAAGACGAGCAGAUGUACCGCUGUGAGGACUGUGACGAGCUGUUCACCUCGCCCCUGGAGCUGCGGCGGCACCAGAAGUACUCUUGUUCCAGUGCCGGUUCCCUGUUCAACACUCUCAGCAAAGAGGACUUCAAGCAGGAGCGUGACGACAGCGACCACGAACCCGUCCACGAGUGCAAGGAUUGCGAGAAGAUCUUCCCCAACGAGUACAGUCUGGGCCAGCACAUGAUCGUGCACACAGAGGAGCGGGAGUACAAGUGUGACCAGUGUCCCAAGGCCUUCAACUGGAAGUCCAACCUCAUUCGCCACCAGAUGUCCCACGACAGCGGCAAGCGCUUCGAGUGUGAAAACUGCGAUAAGGUGUUCACGGACCCCAGCAACCUGCAGCGCCACAUCCGCUCGCAGCACGUAGGGGCGCGCGCUCACACCUGCCCCGAGUGUGGCAAAACCUUCACCACCUCCUCAGGCCUAAAGCAGCACAAGCACAUUCACAGCAGUGUCAAGCCCUUCAUCUGCGAGGUGUGCCACAAGUCCUACACGCAGUUCUCCAACCUGUGCCGCCACAAGCGCAUGCACGCCGACUGCCGCACCAAGAUCAAGUGCAAGGAAUGUGGCCAGAUGUUCAGCACUACUUCCUCCCUCAACAAGCACCGGCGCUUCUGUGAGGGCAAGAACCAUUAUGGCCCUACCGGGGUCCUGUUCGCUCCCGGCAUCCCCAUGAGCAGCUCGAUCCUGGCCAGGUCCCACCCCCACCACCACCAACCGGGCCUCAACCACUCGGGUCUGGCCUUCCCUGACUACUUCCCCUCCCGGCCCCACCUUCACGCCAGCCUGCCCUUCUCCCCCGGGCCGCAUGGCUUCCCCUCGCUCUCCCAUGGCUUCCCAGGCCUCUUCGCCCCCUCGCUCUACCCUCGGCCGCCCUCACUGCCCCCCAGCCCACUUCUGAAGAGCCCCCUGGGCAACAACAGUAACAACGGUGGGAGCCAGGAGGGCAAGCUGCCCCACAGCCCCCUGGACGGUCCUCCACUGUCUCUGAUCAACUCCAUCAUCAACAACAACAACAAUGGAGGAGAUAGUCUCCUCAGCAGCCAGGAGAGGGAGGACAAAGAGAGGCUGGAGCUGGCGUACAGCGAGGUCAAGGCCAAAGCCAAGAUGUCGGAGGUGUCGGACGGCAGCGACCUGGAGGACGUCAACACCACCAGCGGCACCGACCUGGACACCACCACCGGCACCGCCUCGGGUUCAGACUUAGACAGCGACGCCGAGAGCGAGCGGGAACAACGGGAGCGGAUCAGCGGCACCAAGAGAAGGAAGGAGGCGGGCGUUGGAGGGGCGGGGGGGACAGAAAGUGCGGGUCAGGAUUGGCGGCCGGAUGACGUGAGCAGCGGCUCAGUGUCGGCGGUGUCCAGCUCGGUCAACCUGGCUUGCGAGCGGCCCUCCUUCCUCUCGGUCGCCUCCCAGCACUCCUUCUUUCCACCUCCGGAUGAGCAGGCGCUGCCCCCCACAAGAGGCACCACUGCCACCGACUCCAUCAAGGCCAUCGCUUCCAUCGCCGAGAAGUACUUUGGCCCUGGUCUCAUGGGCCUGCAAGAGAAGAAGAUGGGCUCGCUGCCCUGCCAUUCCAUGUUCCCCUUCCAGUUCCUACCCAACUUCCCUCACUCCCUCUACCCCUUCGCCGAGCGGGCCGGUGCCCUCAACCCUGGCAUGUUCUUCAAGUCUGAGCCCAAGUCACCUCAUGUGCAACAUCCGCCACCCCACAAAAUGGCUGCCCCUCGCACCGGAGAGCCAACGCCCUUCGACCUCACCACCAAGCCCAAGAAGGCCAAGCCGACACCGCCGCCCCCCGCCAUGCCGACCCCACCCAGCGGUAGCAGCAACCCCCCCCUCAUUCUCCCAGGGGAUGAGGAGCAGCCGCUGGACCUGAGCAUCGGCAGCCGCAGACGGGAUGGGCACAACGGGGUGGUGGCCCCUGAGCAGCCGUCCAGCCGCAAGAACCAUCACAAGGAGGAGCACCCCGGCAGACACCUGCACCCACACACCCAGCACCCCCAGGGCCAGCCGCCCCAGCCGCAGCAGCCCUCCCUGCAUUACGCCAAGCCCUCGUCCUUCUUCAUGGACCCAAUAUACAGCAGGGUGGAAAAGAGGAAGCUCCUGGACCCUUUGGGAGCUUUGAAGGAGAAGUUCCCGAGGCCCAAUCCGCUUCUCUUCCAUCCACAGCUACAGUAUCUUUACCAUGGUACACCUUCUUUACCUCAGAUGUCGGCCAUGGAGAACAUGACGGAGAAGCUGGAGAGCUUUGGCGCGCUCAAACUGGAUGCCCCGCCCAACUUGUUGCAGCACUCAGCCCACCCACUCUUCAACUUCCGCUCGCCGCCGCCCUCCCUCUCUGAUGCCAUCCUCCGCAAAGGCAAGGAGCGCUACACCUGCAGGUACUGUGGGAAGAUCUUCCCCAGGUCAGCUAAUCUUACCAGGCACUUACGGACACACACAGGGGAGCAGCCCUACAGGUGUAAAUACUGUGACCGCUCGUUCAGCAUCUCCUCCAACCUCCAGCGGCACGUGCGCAACAUCCACAACAAGGAGAAGCCCUUCAAGUGUCACCUGUGCAACCGCUGCUUCGGCCAGCAGACCAACCUGGACCGCCACCUAAAGAAGCAUGAGCACGAGAACCUGCCCGUGAGUCAACACUCUGGGAUCCUCUCCAAUCUAGGAACCAACAUUUCCUCUCCCAACUCCGAGCCAGACAAUCAUGGACUUUUAAACGAGAAGGAGGACUCGUACUUCUCGGAAAUCCGCAACUUCAUUUCCAAAAGCGAGAUGAACCAGGCGUCCAGCUCCACAGACAAGAGGUCAGAGCUUGCGGAGGAGGAGCGUCCAUCGAGCCACGGCCUGUCCAACUCCAAGACUGCGGCCCGGGGGCUAGAGGAGGAGGAGGCGGAGGGAGAAGAUGAAGAGGAGGAAGAAGGCAGCCUGACGGAGAAGUCUCAGGACGAAGCGCCCGAAUCCCCCUCCCCGAUCACCAUGGUCACGCCGGGGGCGUACGAAGACGAAGAGGAGGAGGCGGAGGAAGAGGAGGAAGCCACACCGUUGGCUAUGAGCUACGAACACACCCGCAGGUGUAUAGAGGAGGACGGUGGGCUGUUAGACCAGGAGGCCCUACCCAGCUUCCCCAAGGGCCUGGACCUGCAUAAGGCCAACAGCGGCGAGGAGCCCCCCUUUGAUGUUAAAGACAUUUUUAACACCGCCUCACUCGAGUCAGAAGCCCUGAAAGAGACUCUGUACAGGCAGGCUAAAACCCAGGCUUAUGCAAUGAUGCUUUCUCUGUCGGAGAACAACCCUUUGCACGCAUCCUCCCAGAACUCACUGGAUGCCUGGCUGAGCAUGGGAGGGGGCCCGGCCGAGACGAGCAGCUUUUACCCACUCAACCACAUCUAGGAGAGAGAGGAGGAGGGAGGAAGGCUACUACGGAGGAGAACUCAACAUCAUGCAGUCCUGGCCUGAGAAGAGAGAGGAUUCAUGGCUCCUGCCCUUCUGUGUGUUUGUUUGUGUGUACGAGGGGCCCCUCAGACAGACACUCGCAGGCAGAGAGCAAGGCAGCACUGCUCCGCCCCUGUAGAGGGGUGAAGGACAUCCCAGGAAGGACCACCCCACUUCAUUCCAGCGAAGCCCUCUGGUUGGACUCUCAGAGACAGUCAAGUUUGAGUAUGCCACUGUAUUACUAGGAGAGCAAAACGUCCAUCUAUUCUUCACAGCCUACCGCAGCAAUGUCUCAAUAGCUUCAUAUACAGUGACAGUAGGUCUGGAAUAUAUGCAUUGCAUGUCCAUAGGGGGGCGCUCAUCUCACUCGGUGGGAGGAGCAACAGUAUCAACACAUAAUGGGGGUGUACUAGCUCGUUCACCCAAAGAACCCCCCCCCAUCCUCCUCAUUAUAUCAAAUGACUUCACUCUCUUCAUUCCUGUUUGAAAUCAGUAAUAGCACAAUGCUAAAUGUUACAGCAGGAAGCGACACUCUGGCUUUUGUUUAUAAAGAAUGUACAGGACGUUGAUGCAUCAAGCUCGAUUUUGAAUGACAAUGAUGUCAUGGAGAAUGACCCACCCCCAACAUAUAAUGUGCAUUGCAGAGGACAAAGUCUCGACUUCAAAAGUUAUCUGGUGAGCAAAAGGUUUUAAAUCGACGUCCAUUGGUUAGAGUAGGGGAAAACAUAUUUUCCCCUCUUUUGCUAAUUUGUUAACUUGAUUCCAUUUUGUGUUUUGCUCUUUGAUAACAGUAUUGUCUCUUUUUAGGCACCUCCGUGCUCAAAUGUUAAUAUAAAUAUAUAAAUAGUGAAGGACCAAAAUUUUAUGAUAUUGUUGUAUGAUGUACAAAAUAACCUGGACGUUCAUAGCAAGAGUGGUAUGUGCCAAAUAGCCCAUAGAAAAGAUUUUGUUCUCUGACAAUCAUUUAUUUUUCAAGGGGUUUUCAUUGCUGUCAUAGUUGAUGUUAUUACCUUCUUUUAUAUUUGAUUUAAAGAGUGUAUGUAUUCUAUUUAUUUUGGUUAAUUUUUUGGGGUCAUGAUUGGAGACAAGUGACAAAUGAAAAUGUCCUUUGUUUUAUCUCUCUUUUACUUGUUGCUGAAGGAAUGAAAUUGAAUCGAAAUGCAACCGAGAUUGUGAAUCUCGGUUUCAAUGCUUUUUUGUGUAAAGACCAGUGUGCCAAAUUGGAAAGAAACCAUGAAAUCAGAUGUUUUUAUUUAUAGUGACAUGGUAGUUCUAGAUUGUUUAGAUCAGUGGUUCCCAACCAGGGGUACUAGAACCCCUGGGGGUACUUGGCCUAUCCACAGGGGGUACUUGAGAA